AUGGGAGAGCCUUUGCAACCAUCUGGAAGCGCUUCUUCCGACUUAUUUGGUUCAGAGGAUUCCAGCUUCCUUGAAGCACUGCGAACCGUACCGCUGCCUGGAGACACCGUUGAUACUGCUGUCAAUGACGAUGGACGAUCAGACUAUAACCGUGUUGUACCCGCGGGGACAACUCUGAAGAGAGCACACUCAGAAGACCCCGACUCACAUGACGAAUCAUCGCAAAGCGCAGGUACGAAGGGGAAUGACUCUGGCUCGAAGGAUUACUUGAAUUCGGAUACCUACGGUGCCUCUAGGUUUGGCGAUUUCGGGGAGUAUAUGAGGAGGAAGCGGGCGAAGCUGCAGAUACAGAAUGGUGAGAUAGAUGCUGAGGGGGAUGGCGAGGGCGGGGCGAGUGCGAAGAGCAGGAUAUUCCGUGGGUUGGCUAUCUAUAUCAAUGGCUGGACGGAGCCAUCCGUGCAAGACCUACGAAAGCUCAUUGUCGAGCACGGCGGAGUAUUCCACGCGUACCUCGAUAGGAAAACCCUUGUUACGCAUAUAAUCACGUGUUCUCUCACCCCAGCUAAGAUCAAAGAAUUCAAGCAUAUGAAAGUCGUCAGGCCAGAAUGGCUAGUGGAGAGCGCGAAGGCGGGGACAUUGCUCACAUGGCAGCAGUUUAUCUUCAGGCCUGGGGAGCGGUUAGAGAGCUCUCAGGGCCACAAAUCGGCGCAGACGUCUCUGCUCUCCGGAUUCACCAGGACCGCACACCCCCCGCAUACUCCUCCCCAAUCACCCUCCAAGCCCACUGCCGCGCCCUCGCCCAGCAAGUGCUCCCCGCGCGCGCACUACUCCACCGAUCCCGCGACCCUCACCGAGGCACGCACUAUACCGGGCUACUCCGCCUUCAAGUCGAACGCCCACGCGCAGCGCGCCAUGGCCGACCCCGCGUGGCGCGCGGCGCACACGGCGGUCGCGCCCGACUUCAUUGAGGGGUUCUACAAGAACUCGCGGUUGCACCAUUUGAGCACGUGGAAGGCGGAGCUAAGGGGGCUUGUGCAGGAGGCGCAGGAGAGGGCGGAGAGGGGGUUCUUGGAAGGGUUGGACGGUGAAGAUGGGGAACAGGAGAGCAUGGGGACUGAGACAGGGAGGGCAGGGGAGACGGACGCGUAUAGCAUGCAGGGCGCGGCGCUGGUCCUGCGGUCGCCGUCGUCCAAGGCGAAGGGGAAAGCGAAGGCUGUUGAUGCACCUGACGAGAGGGUGAUCAUGCAUUGCGAUUUCGACGCGUUUUUCGUGUCGGCGGGCUUGGUCGAUCGCCCACACUUGCGCGGGAAGCCGGUGGUAGUUUGCCAUUCACAGGGGAACCAGGGAGGGCUGUCGAGCACUAGUGAGAUUGCCAGCGCAAGUUAUGAGGCGAGGAAGUUUGGGAUAAAGGGGGGUAUGAGUUUACAGCAGGCUCGCAAGCUUUGUCCAGAGGUCGUAACUAUCCCGUAUGAGUUCGAGAAAUAUAAGAAGUACUCGUUACAAUUCUACACCAUCCUAAUGUCGCAUGCAGAUGAUCUCCAAGCUGUAUCUGUUGACGAAGCCUUAAUCGAUGUGACAAGCACAGUCGCAAAUAUGAAAUCCUCCCCACAAGGCUCAAUAUCCGAGGACCCCGCCAAGGACCUAGCAGAACUCAUCCGGUCGCAGGUGCGCAAGGCUACCGGUUGCGAAGUAAGCAUCGGCAUCUCGCACAACAUCCUCCUUGCUCGCCUCGCAACACGCCGCGCCAAGCCCGCUAGCUCCUACCACCUCCUCGCAGACGACGUCUCUUCCUUCCUUGCGCCACUGGAGAUCGACGACCUGCACGGGUUCGGGUACAAGCAUCAUCAGAAGGCGCAGGAAAAGCUCGGCACGACCAUCCUCGGCGAGCUCGCGAAGAAGAGCAAGGGCGUGCUCUGCGAGGCGCUGGGGAAGGGCACGGGCGAGACGCUGUAUAAGGCGCUUAGGGGCGUGGAUGAGAAGAAGCUGGAGAGCGAUAAGCCGAGGAAGUCGGUUUCGUGUGAGAUUAAUUACGGGAUUAGAUUCCAGAAUAAUGAGGAAGCGGAGAAGUUUAUGUAUCAAUUGGCGGAGGAAGUUGGCAGGCGGUUGGAUAAGAUCGAUAUGCGAGGACGAUCUAUGACCGUCAAGAUUAUGAAGCGCGACCCCAAAGCUCCGGUAGAGCCACCCAAGUUUAUGGGCCACGGUGUCUGCGAAUUGUUCAACAAGCAAUGUACUCUCGUGGCUCCGGGCGGUCGAGCGACGAGCGAUCCUCAGAUCAUAGGGGAGCAUGCGUGGAGAGCCCUGAAGUCGUUCAAUUUCGAUCCGAAGGAGCUACGGGGUAUCGGUAUUCAAAUUCAGAAACUGGAGAAGAGUUCAGCGGCUGUCGGGCCUGCGCCGGGGCAGGCGAAGCUGCAAUUCCAGAAUACAAGGAAUCAAGCGAAGACCGCGAAGCCUCCAAGACCUGAUGGUCUUCUCGUUAUCGACGAAGAUGUUCCUCCCGGCCCCGACGCCCAACCAGAGGUGGUGUCUGCUACGACCGGCCCUGUCGCGCAGGAAGAACGCAAGGAGCAAAGUGAUAUACCCAUGGUCGACCUGCCUUCGUUUUCACAAGUGGAUAAAUCCGUUUUUGAUGCGCUGCCGGAGGAUGUCCGUCAGGAAUUGGAGCAAGAGUACAAGCGCCGUUCGGCUUCUCCUGCGCCCUUCUUGCUCCAGCAGAAGCGGGCCUCGCGAGCCCUGUCAGCCGGACCCUGUAGAAAACCAGCUUCCAGGCUCACCGUCAAGGGCGCCAAACCGCUCAACGUGAAGCGCAUCACAAAACAGCUUGCACCCCGAAACAGAGCGGUCCUGUCCCCGUCCAAGAACAAGCUCUUCGUGAAGACGAGGCCGUCGUCCGUGAAGGUGUCCGACGCGGAACUGAAGAAGCUAGGCUUGGACCCGGAGGUAUUCGCGCUGCUCCCUCCGGACCUGCAGCGCGAGCAGCUCGCGGGGGCACGGGCGGCGCAGACCGUCGGGAAGCUCUCGCUCAAGGCGCCGCUGAAGCCCAAGCGCAUCCGGCGCUCGCCCUCGUUCAAGUGGGUGAAGCCGCCGCUGCCCAAGGCGCGCUAUCGGCCCGUGCCCGUGCUGAAGCAGCAGGGCAAGGCACCAGGCGAGAAGCUGCUCUUCACCGAGACUGAUGACCUGCAGAACGUGAUCGCGAUGUGGGUGGAGGGGUUCCGCGAGUCCCCCCCGCACGCGCGGGACGUGGAUUACUUUCGGAAGUUCUUGGUGAGCUGUGUGGGGACGGAUACGGGUCUGGAGAGGGCGUUGGAUGUGGCAAGGUGGUGGCUCGUGCUGCUGAGGAGGUAUUUUGGUGUCUGGGAGCAUGCGGGGGACACGGCUGAGCCGGACCCGGAGGGCCGCGUUACGUCGGAGAUGGUGGGGAAGGCGUGGUGGAAGGUGUUCAGGGAUGUCAAGGCGGAGAUGAACGCGGUCGCCAGGAAGAAGUAUGGUGGGUGCUUGUCGUUGAAAUGAUGGAUGUAACGAGUAUAAUGGCGAAACGCAACGACUUUACCCGCGUUUACAGGAUGCGUAGCUACGGUAACACCAUUCGGAUGCACACCCCUUGCAAGGGU